UUGGAAAAUGAAAGUGGCGAACACCAUUUAGCGAAGAAGAAAUUGAAAAAUAGGAUGUUAGAAGAUAUAGAUACUCCUCUCAUAUGCUUUGAACAAAUUUAUACUACUACUGAGACGAUUCGACGACGUUUCCUCAAUUAUUUUGAUGAUUUGGCUCAUUCCGGGCGUCUAUGUGUGCAAUUCGUUUCUCAUAUCCAUCAAAGUGUUGAGCCAACUGUUCUAGACGGAAUCGACUUCAUUAAACUGGCAUGUAGCACUAAAGAACCUCUCAGCAAGAUUAAUGUUGAAACACGAAACACUAUGAUGGAGUUAUACUUCUCAAUAUCCACUCUAUUACUUUCGUUUGUGUUUGGACAAUUGGCUGGUGCAAACGCUUUGAGAUUUGUCUUUGGCAUAUUGCCAACCUCAUUCCUCAUAAUCGGAUUUAUCCUACUAGGAAAAUAUUUCUAUGAUUUCUUGAACACGGGAACACUUGAUGAAACAGAGGGUCGUUCUAUAUCUCUGAUGUAUUCCUUAACUCUGGGAAUCUUGACCGGCUACAGCUUCGGGAAUAGUAUAAACAACAUAUCAUCAACUUGCCUAUUCCAUAUGCCCAUACUAAUAGCUCUUGUGAUUGAAAAUAUAUCAAUUGGAAAAUUGUUACCAACAAUGAAUACGCAGUCAUUACUCACCUUCAUAUCGUCCGUCUCAAUACUUUUCAGUUUCAUCACGGUCUCUUUCAACGAUAAUUCCCAUGCUUUCCCAAGCUUGCUAUUAGCUAUCGUUAAUUGCUUCGUUCUAUCGAUUCAUUCACAGGUUUGUUUGCCUAACUUUCAGAACGUUCAAGAGUUCAGAGUUACAAUUCGGUUACAUAACUCUGAUCUGCGCAAUCCAAAUUGUACUAACGUCGAUUUCUGGGUAGUGGGAACAAUUUCGCGACAACUUCAAAGAAAAAUAGUUCAAUAA